AUGAAACCUCGAGGGGCCGAUCUCGCGCUGAAUUUGUCUUUUGCACUUUUUCUGGCUCUUUUUCUGUUUAUCGCUGAUGCCGAAAUGCCUGAGGGCUGUAUUCUGUGCCCGAACCCGGACACAUCCAGCGCUUACAAUACCGGUGGCGAGAGUUGUCGUUCGAAUUCCAUCACACCUGACGGAACCGUGAAAAACGCCUCCACAAUUGACCGCGCCGGCGCCUGCAGUGGAGCCAAUGCCGAUGCCCACUGGCGUGCCGCCCCGUUCACCUCGACAAUUGCAUCGGUCGAAGAAUAUGCCGCUUUCGCCAACAGUGGAAAGCGUUGA